GAUUCGCAGUUGCUUACCUUUGAGGAAGAUGACCCAGCAGAACCACUUGAGCUCACAGUUAAGCAAGUUGUUAGUGUUGUAAAGUCCGCUCAAGAGAAGGUGGUUUCUUGCAAUGUUGUGGGAGAUUCUGUUAAAUUUGUUGUCACUGUCUCACAUACUUCGCCUGUGGCUGCAGAAAGUCAGUCGUACAGUGUGAAACUGUCUCCGCUUCACUUGCAGCUUCAGCUCUACGUGAAAGACAAAGGAGCAGAUGUCAAAGUUGAGUGGUUCCUCAUUAACGCUGAUGAAACCAACUUUGAAAUACAGCCAACAGUGCAGGAGGGACAGACAGCAGGGACAUGUGCAAUAUCUGAAACGCUCAGAGAUGUUUUGAAGAACCUCUUUAGCUCAGUUUCUCCAUCUGUAGUGUUGAGUACAAGGCCUACAGAUAUAAAGGAGGUCCAGAAUGUACAGAACGUAAGCCUUCUCCCUCAGGGCACUAGUCCCCCUAAACCUCCAAGGGCUCAUGAACUCAAACUGCUGGUGAAGAACAUCGCGGUAAACCUAACUGAUCACAGUGCUGCAGGCAGCACAAACCUUGCAUGUAUAGUUCAGUUGAAUGAUCCUAUGCAGAAGUUUUCCAGCUCUGUAGCCAAAAAUGCUGCAAAUCCCUUCUGGAAGGAAGAGUUUAUCUUUGAACUAAGUGCCAAAUCAAAAGCAUUGCAACUGCAAAUAGUAGAAGAUGGAAAGUUGGAUAGUCCUUUGUCCGCAAUGGUGACUGUACCUCUAGACUUGUUCAGGAAGCAACCUUCUGGCCAGCAAAGCUUUGAAUUGAACAGCACGGCCAGUGAGAGCAGCCCAGAGCUGGGGCCCGGGCUGGGAUCCAUUAGUGCAGAGUUCUCUUUUAUAGAACCGAGUGAACUAAAGACGUGGCAAGUCUCUUCUCCAGUGCCAGCCACUAAGAUAGAAAAGGAUCGCACUGUGAUGCCCUGUGGGACUGUGGUCACUACUGUAACUGCUGUGAAAACCAAACCUCGUCUGGAAGGGAGAUCAUCUCCACUGAGCACAGAUUCUCCUGUGAAAACUCCAGUUAAAGUAAAGGUGAUUGAGAAGGAUUUCUCUGUUCAAGCUAUCCAUUCUCAUGGUGCUCCAGUCAGCAAAACUUUAUCAUCUUCAGAUACAGAACUGCUGGUACUGAAUGGCACCGAUCCUGUUGCAGAAGCAGCCAUUCGGCAGUUAAGUGAAUCUGCAAAACAGAAGCUGAAGUCUCCUAGAAAGAAAAGCACCAUUAUCAUAUCUGGGGUGUCCAAGACCUCUUUAUCUCAGGACAGUGAAACUGCACUGAUGAUGGACUAUGCUGCAGCCAUGGACAGCUCCUGCAAAGAAGUAGAUCCACCACCCGUGGAGGAAGCUGCUGCAAAAGUCACCUCUGAAAAGCUAUCAUUAGAUGCUUCAGAAGUAGUUCCUGAUACUGACCCACAGCAAAGUGCCUAUAAGGCUUGGGGUUUGGAGAAUGGCAGCCAACCGUGGGACACUAGCACACUUUUAGACCAGACCUGUGAAGAAAUGUCUGGGAGCUCAUUAAGUGUUUCAGAAACUGGGAGCAUGAAAAAAUCUAAAGGUGGGAUUUUGAAGAAAAGUGCGAAGCUCUUUUUCCGCCGGCGACAUCAUCAGAAGGAUCCCGGAAUGAGUCAGUCACACAAUGAUCUUGUCUACCUGCAGCAGCCCCUGUCAGAGGAAACACGCAAGAAGGGAGGCACACUUUCACGUAUUCUAAACAGAAAGCUCCUUUCCAAAAACAAAAGCAAGAACAAACUGAAUGGUGCUUCAGCAGAACCAUAUGUAUGA